AUGUUUCUGAGGCGGCGUUUUUAUAAUAGAUUUCAAUGCAUAAGAUGGUCUUCCAGUAUAACUCAGCCGCAGAACGUGAUUAAGCUAAUUGAUUCUUGGGAUUUGAACAAAUGGUCUUCAGAAAUCCAAGGUCAGGCACUAACGGAGUUUCUAAACCACCAUCUCUACAAAAAAGAGUCGUUGCAUUUGAUAAGUAUGCUGAGAAACAAACUUAUGCGAAAGUACUCUCACCGACUGCGUCACUUGUUGGAAAGUUAUAUGUCUACAAUUAAAGAUGACCUACUAAGAGCAAUUGUAUGCAUGGCUCUUCAUAGACCAAAAGCUCCGAUUCAAUAUAGGUUUUUUGUAUCGGCUCUGAAUUCUAUCAUUGAAAGUGACAUAUCUAAGGAGAUGAAGCUCGAGAAAAUAUACUAUACAAUUCAGUUGCAGAACAGACUAUACCCUACUUUCUCUGCAGAAAAAGGUAUACUGGUACCGGACGAUAUUCAUCGAUGGGUUUGCAAAGCUCUUAAUAAUUCGUUUUCGGAUUACUACUAUUUUUUGAUCAACAAUAAUGUACUUUUAAAUUCGAAUUUUGCCGUUCAAAUGAUGAAUCGUCUACUGAAGUAUGGAUCAGAACUGGAUUAUCAGCUGGCAUCAUUCCAAAUAUUUCUGCAUGAUGAACGCCAUCACCAUUUAUUUCACGAAAAAUUUAAACUGCUCUACAAUUUUAAAACUAUGAAUGCCAUUUUAAACUACAUGAUCGAGCGCAAGGACUUUAGGUUCAUCAAGAUCUAUUUUGAAGCUCUGGUGGCCAGGUUAGAAUCAGAAACAUUUCCCAAAGAAGCAUCGAAGUCCGAGAGAGCAAGUAACUCUGAGGCUUAUAUUAAAACAUUAAUGCUUUUUGCUCGGGUUUCCAAAAAUGAAGACUUAUUUUUGGAUUCUUUAAUAUUAUUAUUUGAAAAAUACAGUGAUGGGGAGAAAAAGAGUAUCCUCACCUAUGAAAUCCUGCUGCAUGUGUUUUCCUAUUUGAGGAACAUCAAUUGCCCGGAGCAUAUUCUUAAAAUUACAAAAGCACUGCAUAUGCUGCCUGUUGCUACAAAUGCCACAAGUAAUGCAGCAAAACAUCUUUUAGGAAGCAUUACUACGACAAUUCGUUCUUUAGGAAAUCCAAAAUUGACUGCUAGUUUUAUCUGCAAAGGUUAUAAUUCUGCAUCCACCAAACAUAUCUUAAACGAGUUGGGACUUUGGUCCGUGGUGUUCCAUGGCAAAGUUGAAAUAGUACCCACUAGCACCAUGAAUUCUAAUGAAGAAUUAAGUAAGAUAUUGCCAGUUAUAGUACCAAGAUCGCUUGUUUUAGAAACUAUACCAGACAAUUGUGCCCUAUCUGAACUAUACAGAAGUGUCCUUGAAUUCUAUGGCAAUACUCUUCCCAAAAAGGAUUUUUAUGAACUAAUAGUCCAAUUAUGCGGACUUUUUAAGGCGUUUGUAACAAAAAGUGAAGCGCGUGACAAGAUCUACCAGCUAGAUGCUAGCGUUCUGCGUCUAAUAAUGUAUCAAGUUAGAUACACCCUCAAUGAGCCAAGAUUAGCAUUUGAACUCUUGAUGGAAUUUUACAAAGAUAAGAAUAUGACUCUGGAGACCACGCGUGAUAAUAAUCCAUUUGGUAUUAUGAUGUACAAGAAUCAAUCUAUAUCACACUCUGAGAUCAACCAGGUUUUAAGCAUAAUGGAAAAGCGAGACAUACCGCUAGACUACAAAACCAUAUCCGCAAUAAUAAUAAAGUUUAUUACAGUGGGAAAUAUACCCGAGGCCCAUAAUUGGUACCUGAAGCUAUUGCAUGGUAACUGCAAAAUCAAUAGUUUUAAUAUAUUGGUUGAAGCUGUAAGAAAUAAGUGGGAAUUACCUGCUGAUAUCGAUGAAUCACUUAUACAGCAAGUUAGGAAUAGCUCGCAAAGCAGCUCGAAUAGCAUACCAGAUAUAUAUGAAGACCAAUAUUUGCAAGAUGAUGAAGUAUAUGGCUUUGCUGACACUUUGACUAUGGAGAUGACCAAACUAUUAUCUUUAACCUCUAGUAAAGAAGAUCCUGUAAAUACUAAUUAA